AGUACACAUGCUCUACUUGAGCAAGGAAGUUUGUUAAUCGAAUACAACUUACUUACUUCAUAACUUGAUUAUUUUGAAGACAAACAGAAUGAAGCUUUUAUUUACCAGGCCGCGUGCAAGUGCACAGGCGUCCGGGAGUUUUUUCUCUUCGGGAAGAUCCGGUGCUUCCAGCUCUUCCACGACAAGUCUUGCUGACACUGGCUUCGUCACAUCUUCUGCACACUCUACAACUAGAGCAAGCCCAGCAUCUAAUCUUGGUAAGGUAGGUGAAGAUAAAUUUAAACAACGGAAAAGACAUGGAUCUUCACAAGAGCUACAUCGACAACUACACUCUCCUUGUGCAGCUUGUAGUCCACGACCUGCAGCUAUCCGUCUUGAGACGAAACAUCAAGAUGUGCAGCACGGGCAGCACCUGUCCGACAGAACUAGAAGAACGGACAGGGGUAAAGAAAAGUCAAGAUGUAGAAGAAUGCGCUGCGUUCGUCAUCGUCUCCGUCUCGGAGCUUCUUCUUUCCUAGUACAUACGACUACUAGUACUAUCUUGUUCUUGCUGUCGACUUGUUCUGGCAGAAGUGGUUUUACUCGAAGCGUAGAUGAUGAUUUGAGGGACAUUUUCUUUUUCACCGAAACUGGAACCGAAGAAAGGCAUCGCUAUCAAGAAUUGGAUCGUCGAGAACAUCAAAAGGAUGAUCGACCACUAGUACUAGAACAAAAUCAAGUUCUCCACUCGGAACGACAACGAGAUUGGAACAACUACAAUCGAGUCGGAGAACACGAACAAGCUGGCGGCUUCUUCUACAACCAUCUCGUAAACGAACGGACGAGUAGACAUGAUUUAGAAGCAGAUGAAGUACAACAAGGUGCCGAGAGAAAUGCGCAGGGACAACGUAGGCAACAAGCAGGGCAAGGACAAGAAUUAUGUGGAGAUGGAGCUGCUUCUGCUUCUGGACAAGAACAUCACAGACAACAAUAUUGUAUAGGACAUGGCAUUCCGUCUCAGUUUCGAUGUGGAGAAACUCAGUUUCAAGGGCUGCAAGGGCAACAAUUAUAUGGAGUUGAGGCUCACCAACUUCAACGCCAGGGAGAAGGCCAAGGACAACAAUGUGGAGGUGGCGCUGCAUCUUCAAGCUCCACUAUACAACAUCAAGAGGAACAUUCUUCAAGGAUACAACAUGAAGUUGAAUGGCGUCUUCGUGAUCAUCGGUCUGAAAGAGGAGGUGAUCAUGGGUUGGAUCAGAAUCUUACUCAUGAACAGGAAGAUCGUCAACCUUCUGGAAGCGGCCAACCUGCAGACGGAAGCGGUUGCGCAUCCUCAUCCCUAUCGCCUCUACGCCGUGUCUGGGGUCGCGGAACAAACUUCCGUGAGUCUCUGCGCAGCAAAGAUCGACUUCCUGCAGGCACGCCUACAAAACGUGGCCAGCAAACGUUGAGCUGCUGCAGUGCCGAUUCACAAAACCACGAAGAACAAGUAAACCUCCAAGUUGGAGAUCAACAGCAAGAGAUCGCUUCUACAAAUGAAAUAAGUAGUGCUCCUGUUCCUACUGCUGAUGUUGUCAUGUCCCAUCAUUUCCCGAAUUAUGCUGGAGGAGGGAGUCAGAAUCAGACGCUUCCUAGCCCGAUAGCUAGCACGAUGGUUGCUUCUGCGGAAUUAUAUCAUGCUGAUACAUCUGCAUCGGGAACCACUUUUCUACAAGAACCUCCUCCGGGAGGACUGCCUUAUACUUCUGGGACAGGAGCCGCUUCUUCAUCUUCUGGACAGUUUCUCCCGCCUGCCGCUUCAUCGGCCUCUACUUUAAGGUCAGCUUUUGUCCAUCUUUCUCGGCAUCUUGGUACCCUUUUCCCUUGUUUUCUCAUGAGAUACAAGGCAAAAGGGGCCAAGAUGAGGGGACCGAGAUGCAUCCUAGCACGCGCUAACUACUCAGCCUACAACCGGUAGAAGUCUGGAGCCUACUAUAGGUUUACAACGACCUGAAGAACCUCGCAUAGUUCGUGCUCCACCAGGGUUGACUGUAGACGCUGACUCCACCACGCGGAAUCCUGGUGCAGGAGGAGCGUCGUCUGAAAAGCCACAAUACCAAUAUCAAAGCGUUAUCUUUGUAAAUGAACGAGGACAACGCGUCGUGCCUUUGCCUUGUUCUUCCGCUUUUUGCACCAACAAUGUCACAAGCGACGGAGGAUGUCAGACGCAAGCUGCCUCACCAGCCUCUUCUUCACCGAUCAUGAUGAAUCACAAUCAAGGUUGUAGUACUACGCCAGGUCUUUGUUCUGCAACAUCGGGUGGUCAAGCCUACGCACCACGCUUGAAUCAAAGAACGCGCAUCUUCACACCGACACCACCGCUUCCUCCGGGUCUCUUUCCGCAAUCGCAAGCUUCUACAACUAGACCUGAGGAUCCCACACCCACACCCACUACAACAUGCACCUCCUUCACUGUUCCGCAUUCCCCUAACUACCCCACGAGUACAGCUUGCCGUGGAAGAGUUGCUCUAGGUCUUGCACCGGAACCGCAGUCACGACCACCUUCUCCUAGUACGUCCUCGUCGAAGAUGGCUCAAACACAACAUCAGAAUCAACGUGAGAUUAUUAACGUAUCUUCACAAGCGGCGCAACCUCCCUCUCGUCCUCCUGGCAAUUUCCAUGUAUCGCAACGUCACGUGGAGACACGGUUUCUCAACUGUUCCAGUAUGCAGACUUUUCGGACUGUUCACCGCGAUGCUCGAACGACACCUAGUACUAAAUUCAUCUUGUGGCUUCGGUAAUUUCAUCAAUGUGUGCUAAUUAUAAAAUAUGGUCGUUAUAUAUAGUUUUUCUGGAGGAGACUCUGACUCCUAGGAGAUGAUGAUGAAGAAAUAGAAAUAUUAGUCUGUAAGCUUUAUAAUUCAUUGCGGUAGCAUUGAUUUAGUACGCAAGACUAAAAAUACAGUUGACCUUGACGCUCAAUUUAACGCUAUUAAUCAAAACUAUAAAUACAGUCGACGCUCAGAGCAGAUUCGCGAAUAUCUGUCCGGGUUUAAGGGACCAGUUGCGUGUCCACUCGUCCUCCCUGGAUCUCCUUGACGCGUUAAAUUUGGAAGCAUCUCCAGGUUUUCUCGAGCGUCACAAUGCCAAAGAAGCGCAGGGCGUGGCGACCGCGGCUUGUUGCCACGAGGUCUGUUAUGCCUUCCCAUUAUCCAUCUUCGGGAGCAUCUCAGAAACGUUUUCAAGGGGAAAACGCUCUGAGGAUGAACCUCGAGGUGGAUUCGGGUGAUCUCUAAGUCUGUGCUAGGAGUAUGUGGAUUACCGAGCAGGAUUUUAAGGGUAGGCUAUCACUAUCCCAUGUGGACUAUGCUGAGUGAAAUCCUCCCUGAUCUGAAGGGGAAAAUAGAGGGGGAAAAGGGCACUUCACUCGGCCAGGGAUAGUGAGAAAAUACCUCUAAGCAUUGUGCUUCUCCUGCAGAAGAAAUGGAAGAUGAUCAAAAUCCGUAUGACAUGGUUCCCUGUGAAGGACGAAGCGGCAUCCCAAGCAGGGCUUGCAUUUUUAUUCCUCAACAUAGAACUAGAAGCACUGCUACUGCAGGUGCAGUGGGAGGCCGCGGAGUACAAAAACGUUCUUGUCAACAAAUAGACGAGCAGCAACGUUCCAAAAAUGGUCAUGAUGACUGCAGAGGCACCAGUGAGCCACAAUCUGCUCCUCAACUCCUUCAUUUCGACUACAUCAAUGCUGCUAAUUUACAGCCGCGCAAGAAAAGACGCGUGCAGCAUGCGGAAGCAGAACCGGAAGUGGAACCGGAUGUGGAUGAAUUAGAGGAGCACGAACAAGGACAUGUGAAGCAUGAACAUGAAGUAGAAACUGAAGUGCACCGCUAUAGAGAUGGAGCUGGUAAUGUUGAUGCACAACUACAACAAGAUUCGCAUUUUUCCGCUUGCUCAAGAACAAUGGACAAACACGAUCACGAACAUGAUCUAGAUCUAGUACGACGAGUACAAAGAAGACAAGAAGAUGCUGCGGACGAUGACCCACUGCAAGAUUUUUCCGUACAGUCUGGACUCCUCAGAGAUGAAACAGAAAGAGAAGGAGAUGAAGAACUUGCCAGUAAGGAAGAUGUUCAUGCUGAUGUGGAAACUGUUCAUGCUGCUCAAGAGGAUGCUGUUGACCGGCGUGAAGGAGCAGCUGGUGCGAGAAUUUCGCUGCCACCUACUACAAACAUCAAGAAGAAGAAGAAGAAGAACAUCAUAACCAUUCUCCUGCCACCUAGUAGAGGUCAUGCUACACGGUUGCUCGAUAGCUUGGGGCUAGAACUGACUCCCGCGAGGGGACCGAUAAACAAGGGCGAACGUCGUCUUUUGCACGGAAUUUC